AUGACGAAAAAAAUUACUGAUACGUUUCGCAAUCCACCUCGUGUUUUAAGUGGCUUUAAUUAUCUCGCUGGUGUAUAUAAUGUAUGCUUAUUCCUGAAGAAGCAGCAUUCGCACAGAAAACUUUGAAGUCUCUUCACUCUUGUGCUUAACCGAGGAUUUCAACAUGAAGACCAUAGUUUUCACACUCUGCAUGAUGACUGUGGCAGUCACGUGUUCUCCCCGUCCUGGAGGUCGUGGAGGUGGAAGUAUGUUCAGCAGAGAGAGCGUAAAGAAAUGCAUGGCAGAAAUGGAUAUUAAAAGAGAGGAUAUUAAAACCCUGAAACAAAACAAUGAUCCAAAACUGUCUUGCCUUAAUGCAUGUGCGAUGACCAAAGAGGAGAUAAUGGACGAAGCCGGAAAUAUUGAUGCAGACAAGCUUAUUAAAGCAACCUUAGAAAUAGUCCAGAAGAAAAAACCCGAUAUAAAUGUUGAGGAAUUAGAAACUGCCAUGCUCUCUUGCAUUGAAAAAGCCAAAGAAGUUGAAGAUAAGUGUAUGAAGGCAAAGACCCUGGUUGUCUGCUCUCAUGAAUACUGGAAAGCUAAUGUAAAGGGAAACCCGAGCAGCGCAGGUGGUGAAGAAGAAUAAGAAUGUAAAUACAUUUACAAAAAUAUACUUUAUUGAUUUUACUAAAACUUUACAUAACUGUCUUACAAAUGAAAUAAAGAAAUAUGCAUGCACAUGACAA